AUGAAGUCGAUUCUCUCCGCCCUCCUCGCCCUGACGCUCUCAGUCGUCUCGGCUCAGGAAUACAACACCUCGGCCCCCUUCACGCUGAAGCUCGAGAGCGACAACGAGGACCUCAACGGGCAGUUCCUGGGCGCCUGCCACGCCGGCGCCGCCAUCGAGCAGCUCUGCCUAUCCGGCACGGAUGGCACCCCGGUCAACUACAACACCUUCACCCUCAACGUCACCUCCGGCAGCACCGAUUUCGAGACGGGGCCGCUCGUCUGGAUCCUCCGGGGCGCCGACUUCAACCUCAGCUCGGGCCUGUCCUUCAGCCAGAACCUGCACAGCAACGUCGCCGUCCCCACGUUCACGCCCUCGCCCAGCUAUGACUACGUCGGUUUCGACGCCGACAACAAGCUCUUCAUCUACUCCGGCCCUUACGACGAGUCUACCUUCGUGGCUGGCGAGUACCCCGUGGGGGCGCCGUCGGUGCCGCAGUACCAGUGGUACGCGUGCUACACGUACACUGGCUACUACUACCACGCUCUUGCUUGGGCCACCACGGGGGAGCCGAUCAACCCAACGUGCGAGGAGGUCAAUGUGACCCGCACUUUUGUCUAA